GUUGGUUGCCGUUGGAAAUAGUUGUGAAUGUUUUAUAUAUUUUUCUCAUCAUUUAGCUAAACUCGGGGGUUGUCUUUUUUUUGAAAGAAAUUAUUUCGAGGUGGUCUCGGGAUCCACUUGUAUGGAGAUUCCUGUCUUCGGUUUCGGUUUCUCCCUCUUUUGAUCCGCUUCACGUGGUCCCCGGGACUCGCUUACAUCGCAGCCGGGGGAACGUGUCGGAAGGCCGGGGAGCGAUCUGCCCAAGACCGAGGCUCCGAUGUGUGCAGUAGGCCUCGGCUGUGAAAAUGCAGUGACUGAUAGUACUAUCUGCAGCUGUUAACAUGUCAAGUACCUCACCCGGAAGGCAGAAACGCAAGGAGGAAAUUCAGAAAGGCCUACAUUUUAUUCAAUCUCCCUUGCCUUAUCCAGGAAGUCAAGAUGAAUAUGAGACGUUUCUGCACCAGCUGGUUAAAAACUUGCUGGAGGAAGGUAACGGGCUGUACAGAGAAAAUGAUUAUAAACUGGCCCUGGCCCAGUACAUAGAAGCCUUGAACGUAGCGCAGUAUGCAGAAUCCGAUGAGGUGGUAAUCUCGCAGCGUCUGCUCGAGAAACUGUAUGUUAAUCGAGCUGCCUGCUACUUCAGUAUGGGUGUGUAUGAGAAAGCUUUGGAAGACUGUGAGAGCACACUAAAGCUCAAUGAAACUAACUACCGGGCACUUUAUCGGAAAACACAAGCACUCAAUGCGCUAGGAAGGCAUAAAGAAGCUUAUGAAUGCAUUGCCAAAUGCUCCUUCGCUGUUCCACAGGAUGAAAAUGUCGUGAAAUUGACACAAGAACUGGCACAGAAGCUGGGGCUGAGGAUCCGUAAAGCAUAUAUCAGAGCUCAGCAAGACAUGGAUACAGUGGGUCUGAUAGAGAUUGGCCAUUCAGUGAACAGUAGUCAGGUCUCCAUAAAUGGUACAAGUGGCAUUGAUGAUAUAGAAUCAGGUUCACCUUUGGAGCUUCCACAUCUCCCUGUUCCAGCCACUAUUCCUGCGCCUGUCAGUGAAGUUUCAGUCCCCAUUACGUCAGUUCCUGUUAGCAUCCAGCAAUCACAGACCCAUCCUGCUCUGCUGAAACCCCCUGUUGGUGAUGGGGUCUCUCUCUCAGUGCCCGAAACAACAGAGGAAUUUCCAGAUGAGGAGAUCAUUGGAGAAGAACUGGACACGUUGUUGGAUUCUAUUGGGGAGACAAGUGAUUUUCCCAUGACCUCUGUGGCUGGAACUAUUCCAACAAACCUACCCAAUGACAUGCCACGGUUACUGCCCAUCUUUCGCACCGGUAGCCCAGUCCUCCCAUCUGCCGUGAAGGGGAACAUGGGCCAAAAGGUUUCACUCCCAUCGGCCUAUCCCAUGCUUUCUGUCCAGAAGAUGGACUCCCUUGACAGCAUUGUUCCGAACACAAUUGUAAAUAGUUUGGAUUCCUUGGACUUACUCCCUGCGACGGAAUCUCGGCCUGCUUCAAGACCAAUGACACCAAACAGCAAUCAAAGCACCUCAAGCAGCUUUGCAUUGGGUAAGCAAUCCAACAGCCUGUCCUCCUUGAGCAGUUCCUCAACUUACCUCGGACUUGUGCGAGGAGACAAUGGGUUGUCCUUGUCAUCAUCAUCACCACUGACAAAGAACCCACUCAGUGACACACAUGACCUGCGCCAGGCUUGCAACAGCUGCUUCAUUAAAAUAGGCAUUAAAGCAUUAGAUUUUAAUUAUAACCCUGACCUGGAUCACAAGUGUAAGAAGGAUAUAUUGAUUGGAAGAUUGAAAAGUUCAGCAGACACACGGUGGAAGAAAAUCAGGCCUCGGCCUACCAAGAAUAAUUAUGGGGGACCGUAUUACAUUUGUAAAGAUAUUGCAAGUAAAGAAGAUUGCAAAUAUGGGGACCAGUGUACCUUUGCUUAUUGCCAGGAGGAGAUAGAUGUUUGGACUUUGGAACGUAAAGGAGCCAUAAACCGUGAGCUGCUCUUUGAUCCCCUGGGGGGUGACACAAGAGGUGGCCUCACAGUAGCUAAACUGCUGAAGGAACAUCUUGGCUGCUUCAUGUUUCUUUGUGAGGAAUGUUUUGACAGUAAGCCCAGGUUAAUAAGCAAGAAGGCUAAGGAUGGCACAUCACUCUGCUCUAAACCAGACGCAAAGCACAACUUUGAAGAUAAUAAGUGCUUGGUCCACAUGCUGUGUGGCACAACCGUUAAGUACUCCAAGAUCCGGCAGUACCAGGAUCACUGCCUGUUUGAUGUGUGCCGGCACGAAGUACGUUAUGGGUGCCUACGGGAAGACACCUGUAACUUCGCUCACAGUCUCAUUGAGCUCAAGGUCUGGGUGAUGCAACAGUGUUCAGAGAUUACACACGAAGAGAUUGUACGGGAGUCUGCACAGCACUGCUUGAAUGUGGAAACCAGCGCAAAUCGAGCCCAGGUGCCAUCUGGAUCUGGCAAGGUAGCCUCGCUGGGCAUGAAGAUGAAAUUUGUUUGUAGCCAGUGUUGGAGGAAUGGGCAGGUCGUUGAACCAGACAAGAGCCUCAAGUACUGCAGUGCCAAAAUACGACACGGAUGGACCAAGGAGCGGCGGGUAAUGUUGGUGAUGUCAAGUGAGCGGAAGAAGUGGGUUGCUAUCCGCCCAUUGCCUUCCUGCAGGAACAUCCCACAGCAGUAUGACUUGUGUACACAUGUUGCAAAGGGGAAAAAGUGCCAAUAUGUUGGAAACUGCUCAUUUGCCCACAGCCUUGAGGAGCUUGAUGCCUGGACAUACAUGAAGGAAACUAAAAUGUAUGACAUGCAGCAAGUGUAUGAGAUGUGGCUGAAGAACCAGAAGCCAAUGAUGACUGGGGAGCCCACUGAACUCAACACUAAGCAGAGCGAGAAGCAGAUCCACAUGCCCACCGACUACGCUGAUGUGGGGCAAAUUGGCUACCACUGCUGGCUUUGUGGGAAAAAUAGCAAUAGUGAGAAGCAGUGGGCGAAACACAUCACAUCCGAAAAGCACAAAGACAAGGUAUUCAACUCUGAGGAUGAUCAGAACUGCUGGCAACAUCGUUUCCCUAUGGGAGAGUUCAAACUGUGUGAGAGACAAAAGAAGAAAUCCUGUCCAGAUGGUGAUAAAUGCCGAUUUGCCCACAGCCAGUCAGAGCUGGAAGAGUGGAUUGAACGCAAGGAGUUAAUGAAAUUGAAAUUUGCCAAAGCCAGGAAGGACAUGCUGAUUGCACCAGAUGACAGUGAUUUUGGCAAAUACAGUUUUUUGAUGAAGGACUUAAAUUAACAGAUAAGACCGGUUCACUUUAAUUGUUGCUACAACCCUUUUAAAUUCUAAAGAGAAGAAAAUUGCUUUCGGUUAAAUGAUGGGUACAAUCAUGAACCGUGACCUCAUUACACCGAGGUAAUUCCUCUUGCCUUGUGUGCUGCGUUUUUCUCUCGUGUUUAAAUGCAGCUGUAACAAAGGCAGGCACAGCUUUAAAUCGAGACAGAAAGGAAAGUGCUCACAGCUGUUACAGAUGUGUUGGAUCUUGCUGGGGUUAGGCAGGGUGGGAGACGAGGGUUUGGGGAUCUGUGUACAGUGACAGAUUGGCUUAUGAACCCACAUUACAUUAGACCCAUAGGGAUGGCUUCAUGUGUUUAUAUGAGGCAGAGCUGAGCCAUAGUGAUGAGAAACUCAAGAGGAUAAAUGCACUGAGUUAGCUGAGGGCAGAUGGUGUGACAGAAUAGUGAAAGGAACUCAAAUGGCAUGAAGGACAGAGACCAGGAUUUCUACUGAUGGAUGACUUCCAAUAUUUAGUUCCUAGUCUGUGGCGCACGAUUAUGACCAUCAUGCAGUCAUUAACAAGUAACACUGUCAUUUCUAACCAAUGGGUGGGCUUAUCCCUGCAAAGGGGCAGUAUUGUGGAGAGGAGGGGGGGGCUGAAAUUUUGCAAUAAUCUUUGUUGAAGAAUCACAAUGAGAAAAUUAACUCCUAAUCUCUCUCAGUAUGAGAUACGGCCAGAUAGCUUACAUUUUCAAUUUUGUAUAUUUAUCUCCCUGUAGCAGAGCUGUUUGGAAAACAAUGUGUUGUAGCCCAGCAAAGUGGUUGAUGUACCAUAGAGCAGUCAAUCCAGUGAUAACACUGAACUGAUUAGGCAUUUGCCCACUGAGCUGCUUUCACAGAAUAAAUGGGGCAGUUUAUUACAGGUUUCAACCAAUACCCAAUCCUGUUGCCCCUCUCCCAUUUCCUUCCCUAUAGUUUGCUGAUUCCUGCCAAUAUCCUUCUACAUAGACAAACAGAUUGGUCGUUCUUAAUGUGUGAACUCAGGCUCUGAGGUUGGGAGAACAUAAAGCUGGUUACUGUAUUCACCAUGUACUUAUACGUGCUUCGUGAUAAAACAAACAAGGCGAAUCCUCUGAGUAGCAGCCAGAAGGAGAAACUCUGCCCAACUUUGUUUUAAUCCCCCCUUCACCUAGUCCAGCGGGAUUGAGGCAUGAAGCAAAGUAUUGUCAGCACAAGAUCUACCCAACUCAGCCAAGCCUUCCUGGUCCUGUCUGUCUCAGUAAUGUGUUGGUCACAUCGACCAGGUCACUAAGCAAUGUUUGGUUCAUUAAACAGAAAGAUCGUGAUAUAGAACACCUUUUUAAACACUGAAGCAAGAGGAACUAAAGUUGACAUUCUGAAAGGGUGAAUUAAAUGAACCAAACUAUCUUUAUCAUCCAAAUGUACCUGUUGAUUUUAAUUAAAAUGAAAUGGAAGGAGACAGCUUAUUCUCAGUCAGGAACAUUUCUCUCUUCCGCCACUCCCACCAAAGGCACUUUUGCUUUGAAGUUUGGUCGGCUCCUUUUAAUGAACGUUUACAACUGGGGAAAUCCAAAUCAAUUUGUACAGAAAAUAUCGUAAGAUAUCAUUUAUUUCAACUGGUGUCAGAGUUCAGGAUACAGCUGUCUCUCUCUUUCUCUCUUUUCUCUGUCACAAACUUCAAUUUGUGUUCUUUGCUAAAUACCGGCCAAUUCCCCCAUCUUCCCAGCCUGUAUAUUCACUGCUUCUGUGUAAGGCUUCACACAAACCUGCUCCUGUCUCUCCUUAUCUCAAUCUAUCAGCAUGUCCUUCUGUUCCUUACUCCAAUUCGUACGUUCAUAACGUCUAUUCUGUUCACCUUCACAGUAUUCCCCGUGAAAGUGAGUUUCACAUUUUAACCAUCCUCCGGAUGAAAAGGUUCCUCCCAAAAUUCAUUUUUAAUUCAAUAAUUUUGAAAAAUAUAUUUACGAGAUCUAGAAUAAGACGUCACAGAAGUGGAAAUAUACUUUGCUGCAUCUGCCGUAUUGGUUUUUUUGUCAUUUUAAAUUGUGCCACCGAGAGAAAAGAGCUAUCUGUGAAACUACAGAUAUGAAUUGAUACAUUAUUGUGCGCAUAUUGUCAGACAUCACUACUGUAAACUUCUCUUUAUGUCAGUGUUCCGAUGCUUCCCUCUAUUUCAUUUGCACUACUCCUAUACUGUUGAUUCAAAGUGAAAUAUGAGGACUUACUGUGAUGUCUACUUUUAAUCACUUGGUCCUUUAAGUCUCAUUCGUUCACAGCCUGACCCAAGGCUGUCUUAAUCAAAACCAAACUAAUACACAGUGCAAUAUGAAAUGCUUUUGUUGGAUAUUCGUAAUGUAAUUCUCCAGUGCACGAGAAAGUGUAACAUUACGAAAGUAUCUGAUAUUUCAUGGAAUAGUGUGGACAAUGAAGUGCAAGGAAUGAGGAACUCCUUCAGUGCUAAACUUUACCCUGAACUAGAAUGGCUCAUUGUCAGGCCAUAUGUGGACUUGUGCAGAGGGAGUGAUAGAAUGAGGAGACGGUCCAAAGCAGAGUCAAAGAGGAAGAUAUUUAAGAAGGCAGGGAGGGAGAAUUAGUGAGGUGAAGUAACCUUACGAUGAAAGCAAAUGUGAACUUUGGAUCAGCCCUAAGCCUUAAGCCUUGCACAAACUUGUGAGGGAAGCCCCUCGAGCCUGUUCUACUGUUGUUUGCAAUGGUUUAGCCAUAUCUUAACUCUGUUUAGUCAGCUUGAUUCUGUGAGCCUUAACACCCAUUGUUAAAGUGUCCAGGUGAUGGUUUUGAACCAGCUGAUGGUUUGUUCUUGCCAGGAGCAACAGGCAAACGGACCAACAAAUCCUGUUCCCAGACCUGCGGCGAGAGCUUUGAUUGCGGUCAGUGUUAUAGUUUGUGGGAAGUGUUUAUGUACGUGGUGCUUAAGGAACAAGCUUUAUCACGAUGCCAAUCACCUCAGGGAUCGACAUUAUCACCACAGAGGGAUUUCUGGCAAGGAAAUCAUGCUAACCACUGUUCAGCCACCCAGUGCUCAAUGCAGGAGGUUGUAAACUCUCACCCUGAAUCGUUUGCUAUCAUGAAACUAUUUAACAUCCUAUACUUACAAUAGAACCCCAAAUCUUCCCUAAUAACAAUACAUUUUAUAUUGUUGGUGUCUUUAUUUUUUCGAGUUACAGAUUUUAGGAACAGACAAAGAUUGGGGACCUGCCUUGAAUGUUUCUCAUAUGUGCUACAAGCACUUUGGUCUUAUUGAACAGGACAGCUGAGUUCUCCCGUUGGUACAAAACCAACUUUCCCAAAAUGUGUCUCAUUGUCUCAUUUAUUUACCUGGAUGUCAGGUCAAGUUGACACUGUUGGACUGGAUGUAUUUGCAAAUUCUGUUGGCAAGACAUAAGGUUUGGGGAUGAAUAGGUGCUGUAGACCCUGGGUAUUGAGGUGAGGCAAUGGAUUAUAGGCUGAUCUGUUCCCCUCCUUCCAACCUGCUGAAGUGUAGAAGCCAGCAAAUACUCACUUUGGUAGGAUUUCUGAGUCCAAGCUUUUACAUUAAUUACUGUUGGCGUUGGCAGGACAAAGGAUCAUGCUGUCAGUCCUGAAGUCUUGUUUUGUUAGUGAUAUUCGCUGGAAACCAAGACAAUGGGGUCUUUGCCUCACCUAAGGUUGACAGCAUUCCAGGAUUCUCCAGGAGGUACAGGACAAUCUACAAGACACUGCUACUAUCAAACCCAGGAGAACAUUCACAGGCGUGUUUCAGGAAUAAGUGAUGGCUCUAUUUGCCACCUUCAGUCUUCUUUACAUUUUGCUCGGUGUCAUUCAUUAGCUUUAUUUGUUGAAGAAGCUGCAGUCUUGCUGACAUGUGUACACUGGCAGGGAGCAUGCUGAAACAUUUGACACGUUUCUUCUACAUCUCCUUCUGGAGGAUUGAGUUAUUUUUCAAUAAUUAAUCAGUUUUGACAUGAUUAAGCAAGUGAGGAACCAACUUAUAUUCCAUUUGGUCUCGUAACUAAUCAGGGCCAUUAAACGUUUAGAUUGGCCCUCGACUCAUUUUAUAAUUGUGAUCAACUUAGAUCUUGCAAUUAAAGUGAACCCCAAAAAUCUUACACCUCUGACUGUGAUGCUCCAUAAUUAAAAUUGCUACUAGUAAACUUAGUUCAAAAAGAAAUAUUAGACUGAUGUUUAAGCAAUUGGUAUGUGUAGUUGAUUUUGCAUAAGAUCAGGUAGGUUCACCCAUUCAGCAGUGAGACUAUGUGUGUGUGUGUCAGACAGAGAGGUUGGUGGGACAUAAGGCAUAGUUGGUAACUCUGGCCCUUACUCUAGGCAGAAGCAAGGCUCCUGCUUCUAAUACAAGUGUUCAGCUUACAGUACAUAAAAAGAUUCUCCUGGCAGGUGACAGAAUCCUAUUUACAAAGAGAGGUUUUGAAAAAUGGGGUGCAUCAUUGUGGCAAAGUCCCCAGUCACUAUCCUCCACUUGAGAUAUUGCCCAUAGGGGAAUGGAACACUUCCCUGUUUUUAUGUAUAUUAAUUAAGACAUUUAAAUACAUUGCUCGCUAACAUUUAAUAAGUUAGUUAAUAGAUAAGCCUGGUUCAGUUAAGUCAUUUUUGCUGCAACCAUUUACCUUAAACUCUUUCUUAAAAAAGGUUGAGAACUUUGGAUGUUAUGUCGUUAGUAAUAAUAGCUCAAGACGUGCUUUCUUCCAAAUAAUGUUAUGAAUAUUAUAUUGUUGAUGAGGUUAGAUGGAUGAUAAGAAUUGAACUUAAAUUAUAACAUGAUAUAUCAUGAAGAAAAGCGGGAUAAUGCUAAUCAUUUUCCAUUAAUCUUAAAGCAUUGGUUUGUGUUUGGCUAGUAAUGAGAAUGCAAGGCUUGAUAGAAAUUAAUGGGGGGCCUGAAAGGAAUCCGAAGGAAAUCUGGUAAAGUUAAGGAGCUGCCUUGGGAUGUUACAUUUGGCCUCUCCCCUAGGAUUCCUAGCCACUUUGGGUGAACUCCUGCAGGAAGGCGGAGGUGAGGUUAAGAUUUUACUCGGGGAUGUCCACUGUAGUCGGAUAGCUGGCUGGAUUAAAUGUGAGAAAACCCCCACAUGUAAGGUAGCCAGCAGACCACCUGAAUCCCAUGGGAUUAUCCCCCUUUUCAACCCCAAGAGGAAACCAUGACCGAUGAAGAGGAAUGUACAGGACUCAGCCAGGAAUGGACAUAUGAUUGAUACAGCCCAGGGUUGCACAGCAGCCCUUACUGGUUCAUUUCAUUGCACUGGUCUCCUUUUGAGAGACAGACUGUAGGAUAAAAGCUAAUACAGUACAGCAGGCUGCACUCUUUACACAAAUGUUGUGUUUGCUUCGCUAGAUGAUGAUAAGGAGAAAGAGGAGAGUGACAAAUUUCAAUGUACUAUUGCAUUACAAAUGUAAAGAAAAUAUUUUAAACUCAGUACCAAUGUGACAGUUAAGGUUUGUUUAGACAAGGGGUAUUUGAUGAGUAGCAUGAAUUAUGAAUGCUUUGAUAAAGUGAGAUUAUUAAAGCAAAGAAAGUUCAAGAAGAGAUUUGAUCAAUGUAGGGCACGGAUUUAACGUCAUCAUUAAAAGAUUAUGAGAAUAUUUUUGAAGAUGUUUAUUGAGUUAGGAAACUCCACUUCCAGAAUUUACAUUUGCUUUUAAAAUGGAAGUGGACAAAUAUUUUGUUUUCGAAGGGUAUGGGGAGAGGACAGCAGAAUGUGACAGAGUGGACUGCUCCUCGAGAGAACCACACGCCCCACAUUGAUGCAGUGUCCUGUGCUGGAAGUAUAAGGGGCCAAACAGCAGCUCUCCCCACACACCCCCAAUUCCGAUUCUGUCACAAAUCCCAGAGUCACCUGAUUUCGUGCUGCUUAAAUGUUGUCCUGAUCCCCCUGUCACCGAUAGGCUUGCUGGUGAAAGUCCACGUGAAUCUUUGAAGGCUGUUCGAGGGGCCAGGGCAUCAGGGAACUGGAGAAACUAAAGAAAUGAAAAGAGCAUGGGGACCAUCGUAACCCUGCUGUGAUCUACCAUCCAGAAGUAAAUAGGGACCGUAGGAUUGUAAACACUGACUGGGAGGCUCAGCAGUGUAACCCUUCCCACGCCCCAGACUAUUUAAACACUGAGGCCAAACGUAGCACCCCAACUCCAGACCUGAGGUUUGCUUGCUCACUCCGCUGUUGCAGUACCAAUUUGGUGAAUAACCCAGUGGCAGCAGGUGAAAAGCAGGUUUUGUUUCUCUAAAGUUCUUAUUUCUAAACUGUUGGAUUCUGAGGGCCCCAAUUCAAGCUGCAUUUGAGAGAGCGUUGCUGACCAGUGAGGCUGUGAACAUGACUAUGCUGAAUACUGGUCAGACCCGUGAACUGGGACAGGAGCUGGGGCAGGGGGAGAAGUGGGCGAUAAGGGAAAGGAAACAAAAUAAGAUAAAGAGUGGGAAUGAGGACCCUCUUUCUCCCAGUCAUUGAUGUUUGGAACGCCUGGAUUCUCAUUUCAGUCAUUCUGCAUAAUUAAGAUCAUGUUUACAUGUUUUUAUAUAUAUAUAGAUACAUAUAAAAUACAAACAAGUACCUUCAUAAUGUAUUGGGGCCCUCAUGAUUGUACAAGAUGUUAAUGUUCUUUGUUUCAGAUGUCUUCUACGAAGAGAGCAUGUGAACUCUGGGGUGACCCCUGAUCAAAAGCGGAGAGUAAAUAUAAUGAUUUGUUGCAGGCCUGUGUUGAUGCAGAGUCUGCUUUAGGUGAAUAACUUAGUGUAAAAUCAUGGCAGACCAAUACUUCAAAUAAUUUGAACAGAAUUAUGGAAACGAGAGUGAGCCGUGAACUGUAAUUUUGCAGUGGGUCAAGAUAGUGUUAUUCAUCUGACUGUACUUGCAGAGAAGCCUGCUUUAAUGAUCACUUGGAGCCUGAACUACAUCCAUCUGAUUUAGCCAGUUAUCAUCCAGUACAGAGGGAGGCCAUUCAGCCAGCUCUUUUGAAAACCCCACACUUAUGCUGGGGUUUUACCCUAAAACGUAUGAUUCUCUCCAGUGUCUUCCAAGUAUUUUUCCAGUUUCCCCUUGAAAAUUAGUGAAUCUGCUUCAAGAUUUUAAUAACCCAUUCCAUUUUUGUUUUAAAUCUCCUUCAUCUUUGCUUAUUUUGCUAAUAAUCUCUGCCGUCUCUGGUUUGUAUAGUCUGUCCAGUUCCUUGAGCACUCUGGAAACUGGAGCUGAAAAGUAUUUUGGGAAGUUGGGAAAAGAAAAUGUGAGGUCCAGCUAACUGGUGAUUUCUAGAAGGUCUUGGUGCAAGUUGAAAUCCUUCCAUCUGCCAGAGAUGAUGGGGGAAUGGAGCCUCAGACCUUUGGCAGAGUUCAGGAUCCAUUGACAUCUGCUGGUGGCUGAGUCAUCCAGUUCUGAAAAGGCUGCCACACAAAUCCCUUGGCCGCAGUGCAGAAUGGUCUCUGUUGAUGUUGCCUUUGCCAGGCUGUUAUCUGCUUCUGAACUUCUUCCCCAUAUCUAAUGCCACUGUUUGUAUCCAUCCGUCAGCUAGACAGUGUGUCUUACCAGUUGUCACUGGUUCCCUCUGGCCUGGUUUAAUCCAUGAAUAAUGCUCUGGGUGCAAGAGAGCAUCAUCAUGUCUAUUUCUCGAACUCCCGACCCCCACCCUCGUCUUCCUAUUUCUACCCUGUCUCUCUUUUCCCCAUUCCCCUGGCCUGGAUUCUGGCUGAACAGUCCAGUAAUGGAUUCAUCCUAUUGCAAAGAUCACAAUUUUAAGUUCAACCACACAGGUGUCCAUUUGAUGCAGGUUUGCCUGUAAGUUCUAUAUGUAUUAAUGGGAGAGUUUUGCAAACAAGUGUAUUUUGUUGAAACAGGGGCUUUAAUCUCCAAUUUUGCUGGUUUUAUUCUGUAGGCACGUUCCCAUUAAGAAACUUCUCUUUCAGUUUAAUAAAAGUGUUGUUUUCCGUG